CCCGCUCCUCCCCAGGCGCGACCGUUUCCCCUGCCCCCUCCCUCCCGCGCGGAGGGAUUGUUGCGCGGCAGGCGGCGACCCUCCCGGGCGCUGAGGGAAGGAGGAACGGAGGGGGCGCGCGGGGGGACGCGCACUCCCUUCGCCUCACCUUGGGCACCCUCUGCCCGCCCGACAGGUGGAGCUUCCCUCUUGAAUGGCUUCGUCGCCUCGCCUGUGGAAGUGCCGCCUGUCAGGAGGCCGGGCUGUGCGGGGCGGCAGGCCCCCUUCAGAAAAAUACCAGCAGUCCAGAACUCAUGGUAAAUCCAUGCAUCGCAAAUGAAGGUGUCUAUUGAAACAUAUUUUGCAUACAGAUUUCACUUACAUGACCAGAAACAAAAUUUCAUGAAUGUCAGCUGACGUAGCCUGCCUGACCAACAUGGUAGACACAGAAAGCCCGCUUUGUCCCCUCGUUCCCUUGGAGGAGGAGGAUCUUGAAAGCCCUUUAUCUGGAGAAUUUUUGCAGGAUAUGGAGAACAUAAAGGAGUUUUCUCAGUCAAUAAGCGGGGAUAGCUCAGGAGCAUUGAGCAUUACAGAUUUCCAGUCUCUGGGAAAUGGACCUGGAUCCGAUGGAUCAAUCAUUACAGAUUCUCUCUCGCCAGCAUCAAGUCCUUCAUCUGUGAAUCUUGUGACAGUUCCAAGUAGCAAAGAUGAACCUCCUGGUGCAGCACUAAGCAUUGAAUGUAGAAUAUGUGGCGAUAAAGCUUCUGGAUACCAUUAUGGAGUCCAUGCUUGUGAAGGUUGCAAGGGCUUUUUUAGGCGAACAAUCAGACUAAAGCUGGCCUAUGACAGAUGUGACCGAGGCUGCAAAAUUCAGAAAAAAAACCGUAACAAGUGCCAAUACUGUCGUUUCCAAAAGUGCCUUUCUGUUGGAAUGUCUCAUAAUGCCAUCCGAUUUGGACGUAUGCCAAGAUCAGAGAAAGCAAAACUGAAAGCUGAAGUUCUCACAGAUGAACACUGUGUAGAAAAUUCUGAAAUGGCAGAUCUUAAAUCACUUGCCAAGAGAAUUUAUGAAGCCUAUUUGAAGAAUUUUAAUAUGAACAAAGUGAAAGCCAGACUCAUCCUUGCGGGGAAAACCAGUAACAACCCACCAUUUGUUAUACAUGACAUGGAUACGUUAUGUAUGGCGGAGAAGACGCUCGUGGCGAAGCUGGUGGCCAAUGGAAUCCAGAACAAGGAGGCCGAAGUUCGAAUCUUCCAUUGCUGCCAGUGUACCUCAGUCGAGGCUGUAACGGAACUUACCGAAUUUGCUAAAUCUAUCCCUGGCUUCUCAAACCUAGACUUGAAUGAUCAAGUGACGCUGUUAAAAUACGGGGUUUAUGAAGCCAUUUUUGCCAUGUUGGCUUCUGUAAUGAACAAAGACGGGAUGUUAGUAGCCUAUGGAAAUGGUUUCAUCACUCGAGAAUUCCUCAAAAGUUUAAGGAAGCCAUUUUGUGACAUUAUGGAGCCAAAGUUUGAAUUCGCAAUGAAAUUCAAUGCAAUGGAGCUAGAUGACAGCGACAUCUCUCUCUUCGUGGCUGCUAUCAUUUGUUGUGGAGAUCGCCCGGGCCUUGUAAACAUAGGACACAUUGAAAAGAUGCAGGAGAGCAUUGUGCAUGUAUUAAAACUUCACUUGCAGAACAACCAUCCUGACGACAUCUUCCUUUUCCCGAAACUUCUGCAGAAAAUGGCGGACCUCCGACAGCUGGUCACAGAGCAUGCUCAGCUUGUUCAGAUAAUCAAAAAGACUGAAUCUGAUGCACAUUUACAUCCUUUGCUACAAGAAAUAUACAAGGAUAUGUAUUAAGGCUUUGGAGGGGUUUUAUAUGAUCUGUAAAGACAAUAGCAAUAUUAAUAGAUGGGAACAAACUA